AUGCGUCUUCUUGCCGUGUUUGCGACUCUGCUCGCAGUGGCCGCCGUCAGCGGUCGUUUGAUGACCAUGCAAGAGAUGAACGAAGGCCGACUCGAGGCAGCAAAACGUUGGCAGACUGGUGGCUCUCAGAACGGAAAGAGCGGUGGUGUUCAGAAUUUCACAUUCACCAACCCCAAGGCCUCAGAAUUUUACGUCGAUGGCAAAUCUCUUCCUCUUGUUGACUUCGACGUUGGUCCUAGCUGGGCAGGUCUUCUGCCCAUCAGCAAUAGUCCUAAUGAGACGCGUCAGCUCUUUUUUUGGUUUUUCCCUCCCGGCCCCCAAGGGAGUCUUGAUGAUUUGAUCUUUUGGACGAAUGGUGGACCUGGAUGCUCCUCCCUCGCAGGUUUACUGGAAGAGAAUGGGGCAAGCCUCUUUGUUGAUGACAAGACAUCUAUAACUGAGAUGUUUGAAGCCCUUUACUUGGUCCUGGGUUGGACCAACCUGUCCUCCGUCCUUUGGGUGGAGCAACCUGUCGGCACAGGGUUUUCCCAAGGCAUCCCGGACGCACAGAAUGAGGACGAUGUUGCUGUUCAAGUCGUCGGCUUCAUGCAGCAGUUCCUUGAGGUCUUUUCGGAACUCAAAGGUAAAAAGCUGUAUUUAUCGGGUGAAAGUUAUGCUGGAAGAUACGUUCCUUGUGAGUCAGCAGUCAUCUUCUUUGAACGUAACUCCAAGACAAAUGAAGAUAUCGCAAACUAUAUCUACGAGAACCCGACUCUGUUAGACCUCUCGUUGCAAGGGAUAUGGAUCAAUGAUCCCUUAUUCUCAUGGUUUGUGGUGCAACAGGAAAUCCCUGCAUGGGACUUUGUGAAAAAGCACGCUAGUCUUUUCUCUUUUGAUCAAACGUACAUGGAGCAGCUCGACGCGAUGGCCGCAAUGUGCAAUUACACUGGCUACAUGGAUAAGUACGUUACAUACCCUCCAAAAGGACUUCUUCCCCUGCCAGGAGACUCUAUCAAUUUUGUUCAAGGCUGCGAUAUCUGGACCGACAUUUACUUUAAUGCGCUGAUGAUCAACCCCUCUUUCAAUAUCUAUCGCAUCUGGGACACUUAUCCGCUUCCAUGGGAUGUCCUAGGUUUGCUAGACACGCAGUCUCCGAUCUACUUUAACUUAACAGACGUAAAAGAAGCUAUCCACGCUCCCGUGAACACUGAUUGGUUCAUAUGCAAACCUGAUGUCUUCGAAACUGGAGAUGGCAGCUUGCCCCCUGCCUUCACUGUGUUACCGAAUGUCAUCGAGAAGAGCCAGCGGACCGUCAUCGUGCACGGCCUCGCAGACUUCAUGCUCAUUGCUGCUGGAGACAGAAUUGUUAUUCAAAACAUGACCUGGAAUGGUUUGCAAGGAUUCCAGACGCCUAUCGCCAAUGACAGCUUUAUGAUCGAUGGCGUGGGUGCCUAUGGGUCGAUGCACUCAGAACGAGGACUCACUUAUUAUGAAGUAGCCUUGAGUGGACACAUGGUGCCACAGUUUGCGCCAGUAGCCUCCUUCCAGAUCAUGCAGUACCUGAUGGGGUUUAGAGACACUCCUUAG